AUGGACCCUGCUCAUUCCUUCAGGAUGGAGCUGGACCUCCAACAGGUCCCAGUACUGUCACUUGACCAGAUACGUGCCAUCCGGGCCAACAAUGACUAUGUGGAGAGGCCCGUGGCGCUGGAACCUUCAUCCGUGUCCGGAUUUUUCUAUGCCCAUGAUGACCAUAACCCUCAUGGAUCAUACCCCCACUACCCCCAGCCUUCCUUCCACUCGGCCCUGCACCGCAGCCAAAGUCAGCAGCAGUCCGCUCACCCGUCCCACCUGAGCCGUUCCAGUACCAUAAGCUCUUCCAUGUCAAGGACCAGUGCCACCUCAGACCAGCGGCUACUGGUAGGUUUGACACCGUCUCACUCUGGUCUCGGUUCGGUGGUCCGUUCUCAGCCCAAAGGAGAACUCAAGCCUGAUGCUUCCUUGGGUAAAGGCCUGACAGAGGACGAGGCAGAGCUGGGCCUUCAUUUGUUCAUCUGCGAGCAGUGUGGUCGCUGUAAGUGCCAAGAGUGCUGCGCUCCCCGCCGCCUGCCUUCCUGUUGGGCCUGUGGACAGCGCUGUCUGUGCAGCGCCGAAAGCGCUGUGGAGUAUGGCACCUGCUUGUGCUGUGUUAAAGGCCUGUUCUACCACUGCUCCGCCCAGGAUGACGAGGAUAACUGUGCUGACCGGCCGUGCUCCUGCGCUCCAGCUCAUGCUUGUGCUCGCUGGGGCACCAUGGGGCUGCUGUCGCUCUGCCUUCCCUGCCUUUGCUGCUACCCCCCUGCCAGGCUGUGCCUUGCCCUGUGCCAGUGUGCCCACGACCGCACCACGCGCCCCGGCUGCAGGUGCAGCAACACCAACACUGUGUGCCGCAAGAUCUCUGCAUCCAACCCCAACCCUGGUCAUCCCUCGCUCCGCAGCAAGGCCCUGGAGAAGCCGUUAUGACAGGCCUGAAAGGGGGCCCGUUAAAUCCAUUUCCCCUCAGCCGUCGCCAAAGCAACGCUGUCGCCAAUCAACAGUGCCACAGCUGACAUUGUGAUGACAAUGCCAUUGUGACCCACCUACCUACAUACAACAAGCCAACCAACCAACCAACCAACCAACCAACCAACCAACCAACCGUGAAGUGUUGUUCACCUAAUGUACCUUGAAUUUAUUUCAUCUCCAGCUCAGGAGGGACCAAAGCUUUACUGUGCCUGUUCACGUUGGAGACUUCACGCCUAAAAACAAAAAAACUCACCCUGAAGAAGAAGUGGUCGUACUUUGCUGGACUGCCCUUCAACCUUAACCAAGAACCCCAAACAUAAAUCACCUCUUUCUGCAUUCUGUGGUGUAAUCUGGACGUGUUAAAAUCUAUUUAUUUAUUGUUGAAGAUCCUUCCUCCCCACCCUCUGCAAAGAGAACCCACAGAGCACUGAGACGGGCGAUGGACCAAAUCAUGAAGGAAAGACGCCUGUGGCGAUGUGUACGGUCUAUGCCAACAGAGUUUCUGUCCUCUAGAAAGAGAGUCAGAAGAAGCAUGUGAGAUUAAGGAUUUAUACCACAAAGACCUUCAGAAAACUCCACAAAAAAGUUGAUUGAAGAAAACAAGGUUGUGCUGCAGUGCAUAUCUGACUGGGACUCUUAGCAAAGCACCAAGGCAUAAAGUGAGACACUUCUGCAACACAUCUGUAACAACAGUUUGACACCAAAAAAAAUGGACCAUGCACUGUACGAACUGAGAGUAUUUCAAUGCUAUUAAGCUCAUUUGUAAAGGAAAAGCACUGUG